AUGGACGAUCAGUACGUCACCUUUGAGCACGGCGACAUCCGCAUCACUUCGAUGGGCGCCCUCAGCGACGAGAGCGAGUUCGAGGUCUCGGUCUGCGAGGAAAACGAGCUCGAGUCGUCGGUGCUGCUCAUAUACCCGGACGGGACGUCGAGCCACACGCUCGUCAUCGCCGACGCGGUGCUCGAGUACCCGCCGUGCGCCUCUGGCGGCAUCGCCCGCUGGACGCUCUACUCGUUUUCCCGCAGCCUCCACGGCCGCAAAGACACGGUCGUGAGCCUCGGCCUGCCCGACGGCGUCGACGACCUGAUAUGGCACGGGAUUCAGGGCGACAUUGCACACGGCCAGGAGCUUGUGCGCACCGAUGGCGCCGGCGACUUGCACAACGGCCACGCGUGGUACAUGGUCGGCCUCAAGGACAGCCCUCCCUACACCUACAUCGGCCGCGACGGCGAGAUCGAGAAGCAGACGGACCUCCUCGGGUUCCUCGACAGCGCCAGGUCGUCGCUGCUGUGCGACGUCGGCGUCGAGAUGACCGUCAAAAGGGCGGCCAAGGAGGAGGCCAAGUGCACCCUCCAGCUCGAGUUCAAGAACGUCCACGUCCAGGGCCUCUCUGACGCCUCGUCCAACCGUCACAUCCUCGAUUUUGACAUUGUCGCUUCGAGAACCAGGCGCGACCAUGAGCUGCUGCGCAGGAUCGACAAGCGCAAGCGCGAGCUGGAAGGGACCGACGAGGAUGCCGUCAUGGGCAGCAGCGCUGCGGGCCACGCUUCCGAGACGGCCAAGAGCGACCCGAGCACGCCCGCCUAG